GCAGCAAGCCCUGUCUAUGUCUAUCUGUAAUUGCGCGCGCUACAAAUCAUCGUCAUUUUGAGAGGGCCAUGUCGUGGAGCUACACUUGUUUACCAGUCCCAGAGCCCAUCGGAAGCGACCUUUCGAGGUGGCGCAGUUCCCUGAAAUUAAACAUGGUUAAUGAGGUCACACGUGUCCUCCACUUUUCGCGAGCACCGAUUACAACUUCACCACAAUCCCACCAUUGCACCUCACGGAAAGGGCAACAAAACCCCUACAACACCCAGUUCACCAAAAAGACCACAAUGGCAGAUGCGGAAAGCCCAAGAUGGACUCUCGUCAGGACCGCGAUCGAGACGGACAACACAACGCUAUUAGACCAAGCCAUAUCAAUGACCCCAGAUGAGGAUCUCGAUCAAUUUUUCAGCAGAGUCUGCCGGGAAGCAAUAAAGAGAAGCUCGACAACCAUCUUGAAGUCCCUCAUCGAUCGUGGUGUAAGUGUCAAGCAUCUUGAGCCAACAGACGUUGCCGACCACGGUAACCCUCCUUCAAAAGCGACCCUCGAGUUCCUACUUGCCCACGGAUGGGACAUCAACUGGAGAGGAUACGGCCCGCCCUUCAUGUGGUUUAUGACGAGCGACGCCGACAUGAUCGUCUGGUGCUUGGAGCAUGGCGCAAGCGUCCUUCCCAGCAACCAACCGUGGAAUCGAUAUGGCAUCGAGCAAGCCCCUCGCCAUUGCGAUGCAAUCCUAGAAUAUGCUGCAAACCACGGCAACCUAGAAGUUUUCAAACUCUUACGCGCCAAAGGGGCGCCAUUGAGUCAGCGCGUACUGCACAAGGCCGUCGAGACGGCUGCGUUCGGCUGCGACGGACGUGACGAUGCGGAAAAACAACAGCGCGACAGAGCCAGGCAGGCAACGCAUCUUGAGCUUGUGCGAUACUUGCUGGACGAAGUGAAGCUAGAUGUCAAUGCGCCUGAUCAAGAGCCUGGUUCGACGAAAGGCAUGUCCAGCGCUUGGGGCACCCCAAUCGCGUAUGUACCAGGCAUAGGAAGACCCGACCUGGACUCGCGCGAAUUGACCUGGCUACUUCUGGACCGAGGCGCGGAUCCAGCGCCUGCUUUGGAGGUUGCAAGGGAGAUGGAGCAGAAGUCGUUUCUAGCUGAUGUCGCGGCUUGGACGCAACAGAACCCCGAUGGGCCUAAAAAGGCUCAGAGUCGUGAUCGCAGUUGCAGCGUGCAAUAGGAGGAGUUCGGAUCUGUUUCACUGCAUGUGAAGCGUGUGAGAUGAGCAAGAGCAUAUCAAGAAGUGUCAAGCGAAUUGAAUC